UUAAACCACCUCACUAAGUUGAGUUCUUCAACCAGGUACUUCUAUAUUAUUGACUUACUUUACUAAGCUUGUUAGUUUUUUUGUACAAUUUCAAAAGAAUAAUGAAGUUACACUUGCAACAAAAUGGUUUCAUUCAAACAGAAAAUGAAAAUAGAGAUUUGAUUAUUCACAUGGAAACCAUGUUACAAACUGUUGAACUUCCCUUAGUUUCACGUUGUUGUAUAUACAAAGUACCUCAAAAAAUCCGAAAACUCAACCAAGAAGCAUACACUCCAACCAUUCUUUCCAUUGGCCCAUUUCACUAUGGAGACAAAAGGUUAGAAUCAAUGGAAGAUCUCAAAUUGAGGUACCUCAAGAGUUUCCUAGAAAGAACUCAAAAGGGGUUAGGAGAAUGCAUUCAAUACAUCAAAAAAUCAGAAGAAAUCAUUAGGUCUUGUUACUCAGAAGCCAUUGAACAAACCAGUGAUGAUUUUGUUAAGGUUAUUUUAACCGACGCUUGUUUUAUAAUCGAGUAUUUUCUUCGGUCGCUAGAGUGGCCACAAGAAGAUCCUUUGUUAUCCAAACCAUGGUUGAGGUGUGAUGUGAAGCUUGACCUCAUAUUACUUGAAAAUCAGCUUCCUUGGUUUGUUCUUGAAGAUUUGUUUAACUUGACAGAACCAAGUUGCAUCGACGGUGAGGUUUCUUCGUUUUUCGAUAUUUUCGAUCCAAAAUCUCACACUUUUCACUAUUUUAGGGUUCAUUUCCUGCAGAGUGUAUUGCCUAAUGAAACAAGUAACAGCAAGUUCACUAUUCAAUACUUUCUUGAACACUAUCAACAAUAUAUAAUGCAACCUGAUCAAGUUAGUAUGCAAUUGCAUAACCUCACCGAUCUGUUACGAGUAUUUUACUUGCCACCCGACAUGUUACCGAAGAGGGAAAAACAAACGGUGAAGCAUCUAUAUAGCGCGAGCCAGUUAAUAGAAGCAGGCGUAAAACUCCAUGUGGGUCAAGAUUACCAAAGUGUACUGGAGUUAAAAUUCUCAAAGGGUGCGCUUACGAUACCGAGAUUCGAAGUCUGUCAUUGGACUGAGACUCUUUUAAGGAACGUGGUUGCGUUCGAGCAAUGCCAUUAUCCGUUUCAGACUUACGUAACGGAUUACACAAUCCUCUUGGAUUUCCUGAUUGAUACGAGUCAGGAUGUUGAUAAACUUGUUGACAAGGGAAUAAUGAUUAACACGUUGGGUGAUAGCAAUGCGGUUGCUAAAAUGAUUAACAAUCUUUGUCUUAAUGUUGUUCAGGAAAAUAUCAACGGCGGUUAUGUUUCCUUAUGCAGAAGAUUGAAUUGCUUUUAUGAGGACCCUUCUCAUAAAUAUAAAGCAAUCUUUAUACAUGACUACUUCAGCACUCCUUGGAAGAUAACAUCUUUUGUUGCUGCAAUUGUUCUACUUUUGCUUACUCUAGUCCAAGCCACAUGUUCUGUCAUUUCAUUGUUUUAG